AUGAUCCGCAUCCGCAUCCCUCAGCCCUCAGCCCUCACAGUAGUUGACAUAGGUUCCUAUGAAAAGGAAGGCGAUAGUGGAAUUUUUCUGAAGUCUGUUAUGGGUAAACAAGUAUUAAAUGGAUCGUUUGGUUUUCCCGAAGAUUGUGUAUUACCUGGGUCUGACAUAGUCGUACCCCAUGUGAUUGUUGGUGAUGAGGCUUUCCGAUUGCAUCACCAUAUUAUGAAGCCAUAUACAAAACAAGCAAGUAGAAACGAUGUAACGAAGAAAACAUUCAACUACAGACUCAGUCGUGCAAGACGAGUAACCGAAAACGCUUUCGGUUUCUGA